GCACUGACGACUACAGGCGCGGCGGCUACCACGCCGUCCGAAUCGGCGAUACCUUCAAGCACGGGCGCUACGUCGUGCAGAGCAAGCUUGGUUGGGGCCAUUUCUCCACUGUCUGGCUUGCUUGGGACGCUCAGAAAUCUAUUUUGUGAUUCUCUGCUGCGUCAAGAAUGUAUCUUUAUUUGUUUUCAUGGAGCUUCUUUUACUGAUUAGUCGAGAACAAGAAAUCGAUAGCGUUUUUAUUUUCAAGAAUGACUAGCUUUCUCGCUCCUGUCCACUUUUUUUUUCUCCUUCUGGUUUUUGUUCUUUUAGGUAGAGUCAACUGAUUCGUCCCAACUUCUACGGAAGCUAGUGUACUUUCUUAACCUUUCUUGUUGAAAUUUUUAUCCGGCCUUUUUAAUGUAGAAAAUUAUAUCAAUUCUGAUUCGAUGAAAGAAAGUAUUGCGGGGAAUUUGGACGGCAAGGAAUUCUUUUUUCUUUGUGUUGGCUAGAGUCCCUUUUUUUGGUUGUAUGAAAUCUUUUAUUUUUAAUCUAUUGUUGUUCUUUUCAAUUUGGCAAUUUUACUUCCAUUUAACUAUUUAAUACAACAAAAACCAUUUUUCGUAGAGAUAUGUGGCCUUAAAAGUACAAAAGAGCGCUCAGCAUUAUACUGAAGCAGCAAUGGAUGAGAUAACGAUCCUAAAGCAGAUUGCCGAGGGAGAUCCAGAUGAUAAAAAGUGUGUUGUGAAGCUUUUGGAUCAUUUCAAGCAUUCGGGGCCAAACGGGCAGCAUGUUUGCAUGGUUUUUGAGUAUUUGGGUGAUAAUCUUUUGACUCUUAUUAAGUAUUCGGACUAUCGGGGCCUGCCACUUCACAUGGUUAAAGAGAUUUGCUUUCACGUUUUAGUUGGAUUGGAUUACUUGCAUCGCCAGCUUUCAAUCAUACAUACUGAUUUGAAGCCAGAGAAUAUACUGCUUUGUUCUAUGAUUGAUCCAGCUAGAGAUCCAAGGAAGUCAGGCGCACCUCUUAUCCUUCCAACAAGUAAAGGUAAGAUUGUGUCUGAGUCUGGUGCUUCCAAAGAUAUUGGGAGCUUGAAAAGUGACCUUACGAGGAAUCAGAAAAAGAAAAUUAGGAGGAAAGCUAAACGGGCAGCUCAAAAUUGUGUUGGGAAGGAAGCUUACGAGGAAAUUGACAUAGAUGGGCAAACACCUGCCUCAGAAGGCUCGAAAUCACAUGGAGAUUCUGUUGGUGCACCAGCAAACUGUGAAAAGAUAAAAUCAUCAAACACUUGUGAGGAAAUUGACAUAGAUGGGGAAACACCUGCCUCAGAAGGCUCUCAUAAUGACGAAAAAUCACAUGGAGAUUCUGUUGAUGCACCAACAAACAGUAAAAAGAUAAAAUCGUCUAACACUGAUGAAGUACAGGGUGCACCUCCUGGAAAUCAGGGUCAUAGAAAAGGGAGUUGUUCUACUAGGCAAAACCUGUUGGCUGAGGUUGAACUUAAGUGCAAAUUGGUUGAUUUUGGGAAUGCAUGUUGGACGUACAAACAAUUUACUAGUGAUAUACAGACACGGCAGUACAGGUGUCCGGAGGUGCUCCUUGGAUCUAAAUAUUCAACAUCAGCUGAUUUGUGGUCACUUGCCUGCAUAUGUUUUGAGCUGGUCACUGGGGACGUCCUCUUUGAUCCUCAUAGCGGGGAGAACUAUGAUCGGGAUGAGGAUCACUUGGCAUUGAUGAUGGAGCUUCUUGGAAUGAUGCCCCGUAAGAUUGCUUUAGGUGGCCGCUAUUCCCGGGAAUUCUUCAACAGAUAUGGGGAUCUGAGGCACAUCCGUCGAUUGCGCUUCUGGCCUCUCAAUAAAGUGCUCAUGGAGAAGUAUGAGUUUAGUGAGCAAGAGGCAAGUGACAUGACUGAUUUCCUUGUUCCCAUACUAGAUUUUAUCCCUGAAAAAAGACCCACAGCAGCCCAGUGCCUCACUCAUCCAUGGAUCAGUGCAGGCCCUCGGCUUCUUGAGCCAUCUAUGCCCCAGGCGACACCAAAUGGUAAUUGUGAGAAGAAGAGGGAGAAGGAUGAGAGGGAGGCCAUGGAGGUUGGAGUUGGGAAUAUGGCCAUUAAUGGAGCCUCAAAACCUGUAAAAGAACCUAGUGGUAUACCAGACUGACCAAAAAAGACUUGACUAUAUUUGUCUAUCAUUCUCCAUUGCAACCUUCUCCCUUGCUUAUGCCAACUGCGGCUUUUCCCUUCUAUUUUUCCUUGUAUCCUGUGAGAGAAAUGUUUGCCUGACCUCAUAAGGGAGAAUCCAUGUUGUGUUGUGGUGAUUUGAACUGGGUAAGCAUGGCAUGGUGGCUCAGAACAGGAGCAUCUGCUUAAGGAUUGGAAAAAUACAUUUUCCAAGCAUGCCUUCUCAAUCCACAGAAGGCUAUCUCUGUGAAGCAUAUCUUGCCUCCGACAACAUAACUUUCUAUUUUUGUUUUGUAUAAUUUUUACCUCUCUCUCUCUCUUUCUCUCUCUGGGUGAUCCUGGCCCAGGCAUUUCACUAGAGGUGGGUAGGUGCUAUUUUUUUGGUUAUAUAUAUUGGAUAUGAACUGUCCAAUGGGACCAAUUUCUUCUAUUCUUUGUCGCCAGAGGCUGGCAGGAUGUCCUGGUUCUUCUGGAUAUUUGUCGUGUUCCUCUUCUAUAUUCUGUUUUAUUUUUUCAUUUCAA